AUGGAGGGAGAGUCGUUCACUCUCCGAACUGGUUUUACUGAAAGACAGAGCGAUCAAGACAUCGAGUGGAGGUUUGGAUCGAACAGGACUUUGUUAAUCGAAAUAAAGUCCAAAAACAUCUCUCCCACGAGUGAUAUGGUAUUCAGGGACAGACUGCAGUUCGACAGACAGACUGGAGAUCUCACCAUCACAAACAUCAGUAAUGAACACACUGGAGUUUAUGAACUAAAUGAUGAUGUUGCAAGUAAGGUCUUAAAAUUCAUUGUCACUGUUUAUGCUCCUGUGCCUCUGCCUGUCAUCACCAGAUAUUCUCCUCAGUGUUCAUCAUCAUCAUCAUCAUCAUCAUCAUCAUCAUCAUCAUCAUCAUCAUCAGGGUUGAAAAGUGUGCUGUUGUGUUCAGUGGUGAAUGUGAGUCACGUGACUCUCUCCUGGUACAAAGGAAACAGUUUAUUGUCCAGCAUCAGUGAGUCUGAUUUCAGGAUCAGUCUCUCUCUUCCUCUGGAGGUGGAGUAUCAGGAUAUAAACACAUAUAGUUGUGUGAUUAACAAUCCUGUCAGCACCCAGACCACAUAUCUGGACAUCGAUCAACUCUGUCAGACAUGUUCAGACUGUGACUACUACUGGAGUCAAACGGCUGAAGCUGUGAUCCGAUUGGUCGUCUCUGCUGUGGUGGGAGUGGCUGCUGUUGCUGCUGUUGUUGUACUAGUUUAUGACAUCAGAUCCAGAAGAGCUGGACUAGAGUGGAAAUUCACUAAACAGUAA